AUGUCAUCGUUACUUAAGGAGGAAAUGCAAAAACGGUUGUUUAGACCUGAUGGCCAUCGACUGGAUGAGUUUAUUGAACUUGUUUAUUCGACACAAGGGAGAUAUUUUCUGUGUGUUGCAGUGACAAAAACUCAGGAAGUUGAAAUUUCUUUGGUGAAAUACAUCCGAUCAGAGGUGGAGGACAGCUAUGAAAAACUACAAACCUGGUUACUUAAAGAUUUGGUGCUGCUUGAUGGAAGAGAAUCAGAUACAGAUAACUCAUUCUUUGACAUGCAUUUUGAGAAAGUGUAUACACUGGAGGCCAUGAGCUGUGCUUCAAAGUAUGCCUUUGCUCGGUGUUUGGUACAGCUGAGUGGAAAGGUUCAGAAGAAGGACCUUAAAAUUGCAAACUUUGACAUUACGUACAUUAAACCCACAUCCAUCUCCUCAAACAGAGGUGACUGUAUGUUCUUGAUGCAGAUUUGCUUCUAUGCUUUCAAUCUUGUGUGUUUGUCUCUCUGCCCUGUACCCUAG